UAAUGCAACUCUCCUGUUUGCACCGUCCCAAAAAUGAUUAAAACUUGUUACUUUAUAUUCCUAUUUUAUCCAUGUUUAAACGAACUGAUCGAUUUUUCCCGCGAUUUUAACUUAAAGUUUAAAGAUGGGAGUUGAGAAAAUUGUCGAUGAGCCUAUGAAUGUUGAAGCUUUACCAUCGACGAGUGGUUAUAAUGUAAAAAAUAAAGAAAAAGAUAAGAAAUCAGGCAAUUUGCCAUGGAUUGAAAAAUAUCGACCACAAAUAUUUUCUGACAUUGUUGGUAACGAAGACACAGUAUCCAGAUUAUCUGUAUUUGCUGAACAUGGGAACUGUCCUAAUAUCAUCAUUGCUGGACCACCGGGAGUUGGUAAAACUACAACUAUAUUAUGUUUGGCACGUAUUUUAUUAGGACCAGCGUUUAAGGAAGCAGUAUUAGAAUUAAAUGCUUCAAAUGAGAGAGGAAUAGAUGUCGUCAGAAAUAAAAUUAAAAUGUUUGCCCAAAAGAGGGUAAAUUUGGCAAAAGGAAAGCACAAAAUAAUAAUUCUAGAUGAAGCCGAUAGCAUGACUGAUGGUGCACAACAAGCAUUACGUAGGACAAUGGAGAUAUAUAGCAAUACAACUAGGUUUGCACUAGCUUGUAACACAAGUGAAAAAAUUAUCGAGCCAAUACAGUCACGCUGUGCCAUGUUAAGAUAUGGAAAAUUAUCAGAUGCACAAAUUUUAGCAAAGAUUAUUGAAGUUUGUAAGAAAGAAGAUGUUUCACAUACAGAUGAUGGUUUAGAAGCAAUAGUAUUUACUGCACAGGGUGAUAUGAGACAGGCUCUAAAUAAUUUACAAUCAACUUAUAAUGGUUUUGGACAUGUAAACAGUGAGAAUGUUUUUAAAGUCUGUGACGAACCGCAUCCGUUACUUGUUAAAGAAAUGUUGGAAUUAUGUGCACAGGGUAAAAUUUCCAAAGCAUAUGGGAUAAUGGAACAUUUAUGGAAAAUGGGAUAUUCUGCAGAAGAUUUGAUCAGUAAUAUAUUUAGAGUUUGUACAAAUCUAUCCAUCGAAGAACCAUUAAAAUUAGAUUUUAUAAAAGAGAUUGGAAUAACUCAUCUAGGAAUAGUGGAUGGAAUUAAUAGUUUACUACAAAUGAACAGUCUUCUUGCUAGACUUUGUCAAAAAGCUAUGCAGAAAUAAGAAUGAAUUCUACAAUAAGAACAUGUAAUUUAAGAAAAUAAAACUAUUUAUAUAUUUCUAUUACAUAA